CACGUCUCUGCUCGGCCCGAGGCGGUGGGGGUAUAGAGCCUAGGGGUACCGGCAGAGGUGGUUGGAGUCUGCUUUGUGGUUAAGAUAUGUUGUGGGCGGCGGUGUUGUGCGCCCUGCUGGCGGCCGGCGGCUCCGCGACCGAGGCGGAGCCGGCGCCGGCGGCGGCGGCGGCCCAGCACCAGAUCGAGGGGCGGCUGCUGAAGCCGGAGCGGGACCCGGACGCGGCCUGGUUCCAGGCGGCCUUCGUCACCGUCACCGGCGGCCCCGAGACGCGCUACGGCUUCCCCACGGCGGACGGCUCGUUCGUCGUGUCGGGCCUCGCGCCCGGCUCGUACGUGGUCGAGGUCACCAACCCGCGAUACCAGUUCGAGCCGGCGCGCGUCGACAUCAAUUCCAAGGGCAAGAUGCGCGCCCGCCGCGUCAACAACAUCGUGCCGUCGGAGGUGACGCAGCUGCCGUACCCGCUGAAGCUGCGCCCGCUGGGGCCGUACCAGUACUUCCUGAAGCGCGAGCAGUGGCGCAUCACAGACAUCCUCUUCAGUCCCAUGGUGAUGAUGAUGGUGCUGCCCGUCGUGCUCAUCGUCGUGCUGCCCAAGAUGAUGAACGACCCGGAGACGAGGAAGGAGAUGGAGCAGAUCAGCAUGCCCAAGUACGACAUGCCCGAGCUCUCCGAGAUGAUGACGUCGUUCUUCGGCAGCGGCGAGAAGAAGAAGGCCGUGAAGCCCAAGAAAAAGCAGACGUAGCGCUGCGCCCUGGCCUUGGCUGUGUGACGUCAUCCCGAUCCUGCACCUGACUGUGACGUCACACAUUCUGGGCAUGGCUCCGUGACGUCACCCAAUCCUGUACCUGGCUAUGUGACAUCCCCCGGUUCUGUACCUGGUUGUAUGACGUCUCCCGGUCCUGUUCCUGGCUGUGUGACGUCACCCGGUCCUGUACCUGGCUGUGUGACGUCACCCGGUCCUGUACCUGGCUGUGUGACGUCACCGGGUCGUGAUGUGCACCGUGUGGCGCCAGCCAGCCUCGGCUGUGCGGCAGCUCGGCGUCGACAACUGCGGCCCUCUGCAGGCGCCGCGUGACAGCG